AGCUACAAAGCUAUCUCCUAAAUAUUCUAGAGAGGGCAAUGUUAAAUGUAAGAACAAGUUUGCGAUGCUUGCCGAUACGGGAAAUUUUGGCAUAGCACUAGAACCUGAAAAUCAUUGCAAAAGCCUUUGCACCAAAUUUAAAAGGAGCUAAAACAUCUUUAUGGACCAAAAUAUAAAUAUGAUACUAUGUCUUUCAUGGGCUUUAAAAAUAUCUUUAUCUGCUGCUAUUUUGUAGUUAUUUAACUUAAGAUUUAUGUCGAGAAUUUUAAUAAUCUUUUGCCUAUGAAUUUAUGAUCUGAAAUGCCUCAAAAUUAAUCAAGAAAAAAGCAUAAAGGACUGGCACAUUACUAUCAAAAUUCUCUACUUUAUAACACUAUGUCCUAUUUGGCAAUACUGGCUCUUUGGGGUUAUCAACUGUGUUGUCUACCUUUGCAUUCUCUUUCAUAUACAGAAGACCUACUUAAUUACUAAUCUAAGCAAGGAAGAGAGUGUUAUAUCUUUGCCAGACUCUAAUUAUCUAUUCUUUAUCCUAAUUCUCAUCCUAGUCUGGCACUUGAACAGGAGCAAAGUCAAACUAAUAGAGAGGAACAACAAUUUUCUAAUAAAAAUGAUCGAACACACUUCGAGAAAUAUUGUUAUUACCACUAAAACUGGAGAAAUCUUUUUAUCAGUACCAAAACUGAGAAAUUCAUAAGUAGAUAUUUAAAAGGAAUUAUCCCUGAAAAUUUGUCCCAACUUAUGGUAGAUUACGACAAGAGCAGGUUCUUCAGUGGAUUAAGCCAGAGCUAUAAAGCUCCACAUAAUGUCCAGAUGCAGCUACAUAUCUCCUGAAUAGACUUUAUCAACAAUUUUAGUUGAACUAAAUCAGUUGAAUCAGUAUUGUCCAAGGGCUCAAUGAUGAACUCUAUGACAUGGAGUUUAACCAGAACAAGUGGGCAGGAAAAACCUGUGUCAUGAUAUCCUUCAGCCUCAUACAAAAGAUUGAUAGCAAAGACUCUACUUCGCAGCUGCAGUCUCAAAGUAUCCUCCACCAAAUCAAUGAUCUUGUACUUGAGUCUUGACACAAAUAUAAAAGGUUCAAUAAUAUAGACAUAUGAAAAGGAAUCAGAAGGGUUAUCCAGAUCGAUGUGAACGACAAGAAUGAAAUUUCCAAGCAAGACACAGAAGAGGGCACUGGCUUUCUUGACCAAAACAAGCUUGAAGUUGUUGAUCACAACAAACAAUUUUUCCGCAUCAGCCUUGACGUAAACUUUAGGAAUAUUGACCAUGUUGUUAUUAAACAUCAAGCUCAGGAAAAUAAGAUGAAAUUAAAGCCUUCGACAAACGAUAAGCUCCAGAAAGCUUCUAAAAGCAUCUCUAACCCUCCAAAACCUCGCUCAUCCAAAGAAAAUCAUUUUAGUAAAGGAAAGUGCACUCACCAGUUCAGCCAAAUUAUUCAAAACCUGAAAGAGGAGGCUAAUAAUUCACCAGAAAAAUUCCAAAAUAUAAAGAACCUUGCCAAAGCAGAAAAAUGUUCGUGACCUACAACAAGUCUUCCCAAGCCAAUUCUGGCUUCGAAAACCCAGGAAGAAAAGAAAAGGAAAUGACCAGAAUUCACUGAAAAACAAUGUGGCCUCAAAGUUAACCUUUGCAAAUCUUGGUGAUCCUGUAACCAUUAAAAUGGUAAAAUGGCAAAUAAUGUCAAGGCGAUCUCUCAGAAGAACCCUUAUGUGGACAAAUAUGACCUAGAGACUUUGGAGAUGGUCAUCUCCCUGGUAUCUGAUUUUCUUGGUCGAAAGGGAAAUUUUCAACCCGAUAGUGACCUCUUUAGUACUGAACAAAAUAAAAGGACAGAAAUAUCAAACACUUCAUGGGACAAAAGAACACAACUUCCCAAGAUAAGAGUGGUCUUAGAAUCGAAAAUAAAGAAUAUUUUUUUCAAGAAGAUCUUUAAUGAAGAUAUGAAGAAGCAUCACACAAUGGAGACAUCUGAUAAAGACUUGAAAAACUUCUUCCAAGACCAGUCUGGCGCCACAGUGUAUAAUAAGACCUCUAAAACUUCGGAUCACUCAAAGCAGCAGGCCAGGAGACUUCAACAAUGAAGAGAGUGAUUCAGAAAUUGAAGCAGCUUUCUCCUCCUAUAACGAAGACGCUUUGCAGAGGAAUGCCGCAAUAUUGUCAAAGUUCAAUUUUAUUACAAAGGGGAAUCUAGAUUCUAUCCAAGAUCCAUCAAGAAAAGUACAUAGUUCACAUAAUUCCUCCCUCCAUAUUGAGGAGAGCAAGUUAGAUCAGAAUUCAAGGCAGAGAAGGCUUGACUAUAUCCAGGAACUCCAGUCAGAAGAGACAAUUGAAACUCAAAACUCUAUUUGUGUAGAAGGGGUGCCUUCUAAAGUAAAAACCAUCUCAAGAAUGAACUUAAUAUCUACUAGAAGCUGAGCUGCUAAAUCUCUCUAGAGUGCUUGCCCAAUGCCCAGUAUCGUAUAACUUGAAAAAUACUAUUUGAAGACUUUCUUCCAAAUUCUCAGUUUGUCAUGAUUUCCCAGCAUAAAAAUCAUAAAUUUUAGU